AUGGAUAAAACUCUCGACGUUUCCAACUUAUCUCCAGGUACUCAGGUGUACAAAUGGACAAUCGACAAGAAAAUCGCACAAGGAGAUUUCAGUUAUAUUUAUGCGUGCAACGGAUCCAGCAACAUGUCGAAUCACAAACAGUUUGCCUUGAAGUGUGAAAAUGCACAGAGCCCAUUGCAGAUGCUGAAAGUGGAGGCGUUUGUUUUGCAGAAAAUAUCCAAAAGGAGUUCUCGUCACUUUUGUGAUAUUGAGGAUAUUGGAAAGUUUCAAAACAUUCACUAUAUCGUUAUGCAUAUGGUUGGAAGGGCUCUUGUGGACUACAUCAAAACUUCCCAAUCUGGUGUAAUAUCUGUUAACUGCGCUCUAAGCGUCGGAAUUCAAAUCAUUGAAGCGCUCGAAGAUCUUCACAACUGUGGAUUCAUCCAUCGAGAUCUGAAACCCUCAAACAUUUGUUUCGGCAGAAAAGAUCGGGGUGAACUCGGGAAGAUGUAUCUUCUAAGCUUUGGGAUUUCGAGGAAAUAUGUUGACUCCAAAAAUCAAAUGCGAAAGCCUCGUGAACAUGUGGAGUUUCGUGGAACAGUGAGAUAUGCGUCUCUGAACUGCCACCAACUCAUGGAGCUGAACCGAAAGGAUGAUUUAGAGUCGACACUUUACGUUUUGGUUGAAAUGAUAACUGGACAACUUCCAUGGAAAGGUCUUCCGGAUGGAGCAACAGUGGCUCGAGUCAAACAGCAGAGUCGUCAGCAACCGGGGAUUGCACAGUUUUUGAAAGGUGCAUGUCCAAUGGAGGAACUUCGAGAAGUUAUGAAUCUCAUCGAUUCUUACACGUAUUUCUCUCCUCCAGAUUAUGCAAAUAUUUACAACAUUCUCCGUCGUGCCAUGCGCCGGAAUCCACAACCAGAACAUCCGUAUGAUUGGGAGCAAGGAGGAACGAACUCGCUAUGUGAUUUAUGA